GACAGAUGUGUAAAGUGUUGGUGGAGACAGGAGUUGACGUACAGGCAUGUAAAGUGUGGAUGGUGUCAGGAGUUGACGUACAGGCAUGUAAAGUGUGGAUGGGGUCAGGAGUUGAUGUACAGGUGUGUAAAGUGUUGGUGGAGACAGGAGUUGACGUACAGGCAUGUAAAGUGUGGAUAGGGUCAGGAGUUGACGUACAGGUGUGUAAAGUGUGGAUAGGGUCAGGAGUUGACGUACAGGUGUGUAAAGUGUUGGUGGAGAUAGGAGUUGACGUACAGGCAUGUAAAGUGUGGGUGGGGACAGCAAGGCCCCAUGGACAGCUGCUCCUAGUCCUGUUGCACUCAAUGACACCAGGUAGUAAUGUGUUAUGGGCUUUUGACAUGGUCCCUGCUUUCUCAAAGUCUUUUUAUAGUAAUCCAUUGGCCCUAUUGUUAUAAAUAAUGGACAUUAUAAAGAGCCAUGCAUACGCUAGAGGCAUGCUGUGACUUAGUGGGAACAUUUAGCUGUGUUAGAUCUAAGGUCACAUGCCGGCCCACUUGGUUGCUCCCACUGACACAAGGAGAUAUAUAUAUGAAUAUCUAAUUACAAGCUCUUGUAUCAGAUAUCCAAGAUGUGGAAGAAGAUUCUGGCUGUGUUAGUUGGCCUGGUGAUUGGGUACUGGCUGUACGAUGACUUUGAUCCAGAAACAUUGAACGCUAAACGGGUAGUUAUAACUGGAGCAUCUACCGGGAUAGGGGAACAGAUUGCAUAUCACUAUGCAAGGUUUGGUGCCAAGAUUCUGAUCACUGCCCGACGAGAGGAGGUGCUGAAGCAGGUAGUAGAUCGAUGCAGACAAGUUGGCAGCACAGAGGGCCAAUAUGAGUACAUCACAGCUGACAUGAGCGAUAUGUCUGCCACACAGAACGUCAUACGGGAGGCGACACGGCGUCUGGGGGGGAUCGACAUCCUGGUGCUGAAUCACAUCACUGUUAUGCCCCUGGGAGAGUGGAAGGGCACCCCUCAAAACCUGUCCUCUUUGCAGCACAUCUUUGAUGUCAACUUCCGUGCAUAUGUCCACCUCACAUCACAUGCAUUCUCAGAGCUGGAGAAAACCAGUGGCAGCGUUAUUGUUGUGUCAUCUUUUGCAGGGAAAGUGUCCAUCCCUUUCGUAGCUCCAUACUCUGCAUCCAAGUUUGCCCUGGAUGGAUUUUUCAGUGCUUUGAGACAGGAGCUAAGGAUGAAAAACUGUGAUAUAUCUAUUACAUUAUGCAUCAUUGGAUUGGUAGGUACAGACAAUGCUUUGUCAAAGUUGAUGGAGUUUCGACAGGACUUCCUGCUGAGUGUGAUGAAGCCCGCCACACCCACAGACACAGCUCUGGCCAUUGUCAAGGGGGGGCAGAGGCGCGUCAGGGAGAUCUACUACCCCUACCUGGAUGUCAGGAUACCAUACUUACUGAGAGAUUGGCUACCCAAUGCCAUAGAGUCUGUCACACGCUACAUCUCUACACCCUCUCACUACAAGAGAUAGUGUGAAGUGUGUCACACGCUACAUUGUUACACACUCACACUACAAAAGAUUGCUACCAGCUUUUCUUCAGACAUGUAGAUUGUGGGUAUUGUACAACUUGCUUCUCAGGUCAUCCUCAGAGAAAAUAGAGCAUGUCCGUCAAACACAACCAUCACACAACAUGACUACACCAUCACACAACAUGACUACACCAUCACACAACAUGACUACACCAUCACACAACAUGACUACACCAUCACACAACAUGACUACACCAUCACAC